AGAGAGAGAGAGAGAGAGAGGAGGAGGAGAAUGGGUAGAAGUGUAUGUCAACACGCACACACAGCGGAGGGUGGUUGUGUUCUUAGCAACAAGCCCGAGGAGUGUAGGAGGAAGAUGCUGGAGAGAUAGAAGAGUGAAGCAGUGACACAAAUGUGUGUUAAGAGGGAGGAAAACAGAAUUGCCUGUAGAUUUGAAUGAAUUACAGCCUGUCUGCGUUAUUUUAAAAGAGAAGAUGACAGCGAGGAGCUUGUCAGGACUACAAAGACUUCUUUAACUCUUUAUAAUAGAACGACAGCUGCUGUUAUCGUUUUAAGUUAACUUGUUGGAUUACUGUGGAAGCUGCCUGGAGGUUCUGAAGGAUGUGGGCUUAUUGAUCAAAGAUGCUGUCAUAUUCACUGUGUUUUUGACAUUUAUUUUAUCCUUGAACUUGAUCAGCGCAUCUGUAAUGGACUUUGUACAUGGCAAUCGGAAUAUGAAACUGUGUAUUUAAAUACAUGCUUUUAGAAAAGUUUCACAGUAAUCGUUUUUGUACAUCUGUGGUUUAACGGAGCUGUGUAUCUUCAGCGAUGUUUUACAUCAAGCCUGAAUAAUUUGAUUCAGCUCCACAGCGCAGGAGUUGGAAGGCUCUCCUUGACCAAUUGCAAUCAGAGAUGUUCUCCCGGAACCGCUGCAAUGGACAGGACGGGACCGGACUCCCUCAGUAUCCCAGACCCAAAAAGAAAACUACGGUGUCCAAGAGGAGACAGCCAAAUCCUAAAGUUGCUCUGGUGUUGCGUGGGAAAAUCCACCGUUUUCUGCAGGGAUCUACAGAUCAUGCUGUGAAACCUUCUGGGCUUUACCAUGCUGGAAUUGAAGAAGAGGGUGAAGAGGGAGAAGAUGAUGUUGAGAAGUUGCAGAAUUACUACAGGAGAGGCUUGGAUUCGGGGGAGGUCUACCGUCCACCUCAGGUUCCUAAUGGACACGCCAUGGGAGCAGUUUCGGGAGCAGUUUCAGGAGCACCAUGCGUGGGGGAGGUGGAGCUGAAUCGAGAAGGAGGCAUCAAGAUUCCAUGUACUUUGCAGCACAACAAUACUUUGGCAGUCAUUCAGAACCAAAUGACCCAAGAUCUAAAUGGAACAGAGUUUUCGUCAGGGAGGGGGAUUGGAGGGGAGCCUAAAAGACAAAAAGACUCUUUGCUGUACAGGUUUAAUAUGACAAUGCAGGAUAAAAUCGUGGAAGGGAAUACUGAAGACUAUCAAGAGGAAGAAUCAAGUGCCAUCGUUGAACACAUCCUUAAGGAAUUGCGAGGGAUCAACAAAAUUCAAGAGGAGAUUUCGGACUUAAGAGAGUACCUGUCAUCUGUACGUGGUUCUGUUGAGGAGGUGUCGAGCUGUGUGGAUGCUGUCCUAAUGGAGAUUGAAUGCAUGAGAUCUGGAACCAAAUCCGGUGUGGAGACCUGGCCUGCAACCUCCCACCAUCACAAAUCAAACAAUACUUCUACCCAAAGCUGUUACAAGCCUUAUACAGUUGAAUCCUCAAGUAGCUGUGGUGAUAUUCUCUCUGAAUAUCAAGUUCUGGAUGGAAAAUGCAAAGAGACGCCAAGCCAGGGAUUGGCACGUGAGUCAUUUAGAUGCCAGUCUAUGUUUGCUAGUCCUGAGACUUGUAAAUGCAAUGAACACAUUCCAUUAACACAUGAAAUGCCUCAUCAGAGCUCAGAUGCUUCUCAAGGUGUAGGCAGAAGGAAACUAAGCUUUGGUUACCUCGAACACCAGGAUGGACAAGACUGUCCAAGCACAAGUUCGCUCUCUUCAGGACAAAGUUCCAAGUCCGAGUCUGACCCAGAAAGACUUACCUUUGGGCAGGGCAAUACAUGGCAAAACUUGAACCCAGUGGCUUUAAAACACAAUGGGAGUGGGGAGAUCGGAUGUAGUGAAGAUAAUUUUGGCUCUAGACAAGGUAGUUUUGAGGAGACGGACUUCUCCACAGGUGAAGUGGGUGGUAGGGACCCAUCAAGACCUAAUAGUACUUGUGCAAUAGGUGUCUCAGAUCAACUAUCUGGCAAACACUACAACUCCCCUUCUAGUACUUGCAGUAGAGAGGAUUGGACGACUUUGAAGCAUGAUGCAGACAUGCUCCCCGAAGAACCUGGAUUGGUUUACAAGGAUUGUGACUCUUUUUGUCUUACUGCUGACAUGUAUGAGAAUGAGUUUACAGCUGAUUUCUGUGAAUCAUUCUCUCGUGAGAGUUGCCCGGCUGUUUUUAACAGUGUGCAUGCAAGUGGCAUUGUUGAGCCUUUCUGUAAAACAUCAACAACAGACAGGAACCUUUUAUAUGAUGGCACUUCAUCCUGCAAUGUCCCUGACUCUACUGAUGCCAGCAAUGUGACCUUCAAUGUAAAAAAGUUUGGCAGAGCAGUUUUUGACUUUAAAAGUGCCUUGCGAGGAGCACUGAAGAAGCUAGAUGGUGAGAAGGUUGAGAUAAAUCCCCCCAUUUCCUCAUGUGGGGAGGAGAUAUCAACUGUAAAUGCCCCUAAUAAUGGAAAAGUGCCUCAAAUGGGGACAUCUUCCAAAACAGAACCCCAUUAUGCAGAGCAACCUCAAACAACCAAUACUGACUUUGUAGAGAUACCUGAAUGUGAGAUUGUCAAUGGCAAUAACUCUCCUCGCCAGCAUAAUAUUAAAGAUUCAGAGCAUCCAAAAUCUCCAGAGUUGGACCCACUCACUAGUAACGCAUCAGAUACAUCUGGACAUCUCACCAACGCUGACUUAACACCGUGCUACUCUACAGACAUCAUUCCACAGUCUCUCUCCCCUGAAGAACUAACAGGUACAGAGGAGCAGAGAGAAACGCUAGGAGAAGAAACGCAGACUCUCUCAGAGUUGUCUUCUGAUGUUGGCGGUAGUGAAGCAGAGCUUAGUCAGAGGGAUGCACGUCAUCUGAAGUGCCUCAUGAGUUUCCAGCAGAUCCUGAGGGAGAAAAGAGAGUCCAAAAGACACCUCAAUAUGGUGACCAUAUCAACAUUUUCUGCAGAGGAUUUGAAUGCAGAUGGCGGCCAGGAUGAAGAUCAGAAUAUCAAUGGAGACCACAACAAACAUCCAUUGGCCAAACCUGGUGGAGGAGGAUUAUUUGGCAUUGACAGCAUGCCUGAUCUUAGGAAAAAGAAGCCAAUACCAUUGGUUAGCGAAGUGGCUAUGUCUCUGGUGCGGUCCAGGAAAGCAGGGAUCUCGCACGCAUUAUCUGUUCGCUCUUCACUGAAGGAUGAAGAACUGAAGAAUCAUGUGUACAAGAAGACCCUGCAGGCUCUCAUUUACCCUAUUUCUUGCACAACACCCCAUAACUUUGAAGUGUGGACGGCCACCACUCCCACAUACUGCUAUGAGUGUGAGGGCUUGCUGUGGGGUAUUGCACGACAGGGCAUGCGCUGCUCGGAGUGUGGGGUCAAAUGCCACGAAAAAUGCCAGGAGCUUCUCAACGCCGACUGUUUACAACGAGCUGCGGAAAAAAGCUCCAAAACAGGAGCAGAAGACAGAACCCAGCAUAUCAUCUCGGCUAUGAAAGACCGCAUGAAGAUCAGAGAGAGAAACAAACCGGAGAUCUUUGAGCUCAUAAGGCUCGUGUUUCAUAUGACCAAAUUGAACCAUGCUCAGCAGAUGAAGGGCAUUAAACAGACUGUGCUUGAUGGAACGUCCAAAUGGUCUGCUAAGAUCUCCAUCACGGUGGUGAGCGCUCAGGGCCUGCAGGCUAAAGACAGAACGGGUUCCAGUGAUCCGUAUGUGACGGUUCAGGUUGGAAAGACUAAAAAGAGAACCAAAACCAUCUAUGGUAACCUUAACCCUGUGUGGGAGGAGACGUUCAACUUCGAGUGCCACAAUUCAUCUGACCGCAUUAAACUGCGUGUUUGGGAUGAAGAUGAUGAUAUAAAGUCUCGGGUGAAGCAACGUCUGAAGAGGGAAUCCGAUGACUUUUUGGGUCAGAGCAUCAUUGAGGUCCGAACCCUCAGUGGGGAAAUGGAUGUCUGGUACAAUCUCGAAAAACGCACAGACAAGUCGGCGGUAUCAGGGGCCAUUAGACUGCAGAUAAGUGUAGAAAUCAAAGGGGAAGAGAAAGUGGCCCCGUAUCAUAUUCAGUACACCUGCUUGCAUGAGAAUAUCUUUCACUAUUUGACUGACAUUGAAGGUCAGGGUUCAGUAAAGCUGCCUGGAGCACGUGGAGAUGAUGCCUGGAAGGUCUACUUUGAUGAGAUUCCUCAAGAUAUUGCAGACGAGUUUGCAAUGCGCUACGGGAUAGAAUCCAUUUAUCAGGCCAUGACACAUUUUGCAUGCCUGUCCUCCAAGUACAUGCUGUCCGGGGUCCCAGCGGUGAUGAGCAUGCUCCUGGCCAACAUUAACGCAUUCUACGCUCACCCUACCUCAGUCACCAGCGGCUCGGCCUGUGACCGCUUCACCGCCUCCAACUUUGGGAAAGAUCGGUUUGUUAGAUUGCUGGAUCAGAUUCAUAACUCCCUCCGCAUUGACUUGUCAACAUAUAGAAAUAAUUUCCCAGCAAGCAGUAAGCCUCGCUUGUCGGAUCUCAAAUCCACGGUGGAUUUAUUGACUAGCAUAGCAUUUUUCAGACUGAAGGUGUUGGAACUACAGUCUCCCCCACGCGCAGCGCACGUUGUCAGGGAUUGUGUGAAAGCUUGCCUCAAUUCCACGUAUGAGUACAUCUUUAACAACUGCCAAGAGCUGUACAACAGACAGUUUCAGCCGGCGGUGGAACCUCAAAAACCAGAAGAAAAGAAAGAAGACAGCGAUGAAGAUGAGGAAACGAAAGCAGAAGAAGAGGGCAACACCACUAGAGAAGAACCAGGACCAAGCGUGCAGAACCUGGACUUCUGGCCCAAACUCAUCACCUUAAUAGUGUCCAUCAUCGAAGAAGACAAAAACUCCUACAGCCCUAUAAUAAAUCAGUUUCCUCAGGAGCUGGACGUGGGGAAAGUCAGUGCUGAGGUCAUGUGGACACUCUUUUCUCAGGAUAUGAAGUAUGCACUGGAAGAACACGAGAAGCUCAGGUUGUGCAAAAGUGCCGACUACAUGAAUCUGCACUUCAAAGUCAAAUGGCUCUACAACGAGUACGUCCGUGACCUGUCCGCCUUCUCCACCGCCGUCCCAGAGUACCCAUCGUGGUUUCUGCCAUUUGUUCUGCAGUGGCUGGCUGAGAAUGAGGAAGUGUCAAUGGAGUUUAUGCAUGGAGCUCUUGAGAGAGAUAAAAGAGAGGGGUUCCAGCAGACGUCUGAGCACGCUCUGUUCUCCAGCUCGGUCGUGGACAUCUUCACUCAACUCAACCAGAGCUUUGAGAUCAUCAAGAAACUCGACUGCCCUGAUCCUGGCGUCGUCGCCCAAUACAACCGGCGCUUUGCCAAGACCAUCAACAAAGUGCUCCUGCAGUAUUGUGCUAUUGUAACCAAGACCUUCCUAUCCUACUGUGAGAAAGAGAAAACCCCCUGUGUGUUGAUGAAUAACAUUCAGCAGAUGCGUGUGAUGUUGGAGAAGAUGUUUGAGUCUAUGGGGGCCAGGCAGCUUGACACAGAAGCUGCAGAUAUCCUCAAUGACCUGCAAGGGAAGCUCAAUUCUGCAAUGGACAACCUGAGCGCCAUGUUUGCCAAAAGUUUCCAGGCUCGUAUAAACGUGUGCAUGCGACAGAUGGCAGAGAUCAUGUACCAGAUUAAAGGUCCUCUGAAUCAGAACAGUCGGAACACAGCAGAGGCUGAUGCAGACAACGCACUGCGGCCGCUUAUGGAGUUCCUUGAUGCAAACCUCAGCAUCUUUGCAGACAUAUGUGAGAAGACGGUGUUGAAGCGUGUACUGAAGGACCUGUGGAGGAAUGUUUUAAUCUGCAUGGAGAAAACCAUCGUGUUGCCUCAGAGCAGCGACAGUAUCGGAGCUCAACUUCUUACUGCUGCUAAAGAGCUCUCUAAACUAAAGGCAGGGGCGGAGCCGAAGAGCUUGUCACCAAGGCAAUGCGGGAUUAUGGAGGCGGCGCUGGACGCAAUCAAGCUGUUUUUCCAUGCUGGUGGGAAAGGUUUAAAGAACGUCUAUCUGGAGAAGAGCCCUGAGCUGUCAUCCCUGCGGUAUGCUCUUUCCCUCUACACGCAGACUACGGAUGCUCUUAUCAAGGCAUUCGUGACAACACAACAUGCUCAGGUUCAAAAUAGCAUGGGCAUCAGAAUCACCCCCAAAGAGAGCGUUCGACCUGACAGAGGCUCUGGGGUUGAGCGGCCUAUAGGAGAGGCUGUGAUUCAGUUUGAUUUGUCGCCCCCUGCUGGAAACACUGAGCAGAAACUCACAGUGAGAGUGAUUGCUGUGAAUGACAUGAAAUGGCAGACGUCAGGUAUGUUUCGACCAUUCGUUGAGGUUAACUUGAUCGGCCCACAGCUGACGGAAAAGAAACGGAAGUUCACAACCAAAUCUAAAAACAACAGCUGGACAGCGAAAUACAACGAGGCGUUUCAAUUUGUGUUGGGCAAAGGUGUGAGUCUGGACUGCUAUGAGGUUCAGAUAACGGUGAAGGAUUACUGUUUCGGUCGUGCGGACCGGGUGGUGGGGAUUGCGGUCUUGCAGCUGCGUGACGUUGCGGACCGGAAAAGCUGCGUGUGCUGGUGUCCCCUGGGCCCACGGAUCAACAUAGACGAAACCAGGACCACGGCACUACGAAUCCUCUCCCAACGCUCGGCUGAUGAGGUCGCCAAAGACUUCGUCAGACUUAAAUCAGAGACCCGACCUGUGGAGGAGGGGAGGUGAAGAUGAGAAAACAGACCUGUUCAGUCGAUCAUAAAGAUAAAACAGAUCAAGAUAGAGAAGAGACUUUGGUAAUACGAAACUGUGCGACUAGUGAACGAUAAGUACACAAAUUCUAAAACUGUGGACAUUUAUUGAAAGCCUUAAUAGGGGCAAAACUGACUUUGCAUACUUACUGGAUGUGUUCUGAAUCUAUAAAUUGUAAGAAUUUAACAGAGUUUGUUUAAAAUACAUUCAAAGGCUUUACAGUGACAUUGCGGAAACUUGCAUGUGCAAGAUACAUUUUAAAUAUAUGACGAUACAAGAGUUGUUUUGCCAAAGCACGCAAGUCUUGUGGCUCAUUCCACACGGUCCUUUUUGGCCUUCUGAGUGGGAGGAGCCUUCAUGACAGGGGGUGUGGUCUAACAAGAAUCAUUCACAUUAUUUUCAUAAUUGCCGCCCAACCGUUGAUUGUCUAAGAAAACGACUGUAACUGCGAUUUAACAUUAAUGCAAGCAUGUGAACGCAAUGUGGAUGUCGAUUAAUAUGCCGCUUGUUUGCAUUGAGUGGCAUUCUGGUGUCCAUGUUGACAUACGGAUUGUAAAAAUCCUAAUACGAUUCUCAUUUUUAAUGUGUUGUUGAAAUACCUGAAUGAUAUUUCACUUUCAAUGGCCUUUUCCAUUCAAUUUAGAACAACUGUUUACAAAUUGCCAGAAAUAUGUAAAUAGUGUACAGCUGCAGUAUAGACCAACCAGUAGUGCCAGCCAAUGAGAAUGGAGGUAUGAAACUUUGUUUACCUUGUGCCAAGUAGUUUGUAUGGUCUCUUUUUGGGAUGUAAAGGUUAUGUUUUUUUUUAUAUAUAUAUGCACAGCCCAACAGAUGCACACAUUCUGUAAAAUAGAUUCCCACAUGCACGUAUUUAUUGUAAACAACGUUUUAUGUAUGUUUUGUCAAUACGUGAAAACUAUUUAUGUAUUUAAAAACUGGAGAUAACUUGUAUGGAUAUUAAGAAUUUAUUUAUAAAUUAUUUAUGAAUGUAUCUUAU